GCUCCUAUUGGCUGCACUGGACCGUGAGCCGACUGCCAGGCAGGCAGUGGCGACAGAAGACAAGCGGAGCGUCUCAGAGUAAAGGCCUGCCGCAGCUUGAACCACACCGGGGGACGACCCUUUGAACUACACCGGGGGACAAGACGCUCUCCGUGGAGGUCCUAGCUCUACCCGCACCGCACUGUUCUACUCUCGCUUUAAAGGAUACGAGGGUCUCGAUCGGUCUGGUGACGCGACAGAAGGAAGCUAGUGAGGCUAACAGGGUUAGCUGAUCUAACCCCGGGGUUAACUGAUCUAAAUCCUCAGAUCAACACUUCACACUUUAACCAGAUAUUUGGUUUCUUAAAGUUGUUUGUUCCUAAGCGUUGGAGCCCGGUUGUUCGGUACUUUAUUAUUCAGGACGUUACUUCGGAAACCUGUUUACAUUUCUUCGUUCGAACUUCGAUUCAAGCUUAGCCUAGCUGCUACCUAUCUUAGCCUAGCGGCUACUUAGAUUGGCCUAGCUGCUACUUAGCUUAGCCAUAGCUGCUACCCAGCUGUAGCUUCCAUCAGUCAGCCGGUUCCUUAAAAUCGUCCAACAUCCAGAACUGUGUUUCAUUCAGCGGACUAGCAUGUCGCCGGUAGCUCCUCCACGUCGGCGGGUCACAGAGCCGAGCAGCUCCGCGGUGUGCUAGCCUCUCCAGGGCUAACCUCAUAGCCGAGCAGCUCCGCUGUGUGCUAGCCUCUCCAGGGCGAACCUCUUUUGGGUUUUGUUACUGGUUCUCGGAAAAAGAUGGAUCUGUAAUGUAGAAUAGCGCUAUGCUGUCAUAGAAUCACCCGUUUAUUUGAAGCUAAGUAGCUAGCACUGAGUUAGCCUGCUUCAUGCUAACGUGGGGCUAACCUGCUAAAGUUGGAACAUUGCCUUCUGUUGAAUUCAUGAGGCUCUGAGGUCUCUGGACUCUCUCGAUUCGUACUUGCGGGGUCGGAGGUCUCUUGACUCUCUCUCAAGUAGUCCCUGGGGGUUCGGAGGUCUCUGGACUCUCUCAAGUCGUCCCUGGGGGGUCGGAGGUCUCUGGACUCUCUCAAGACUUCCCUGGGGGAUCUGAGGUUCCUCUUGGAUUUUGAUAUUGUUUGACUGACGAGGAACAUUUUCUCCAGAGGAUCUGGACUUCUUGGACGUUUUGUUUUGAAACAGAAAGUAAAUUGGACUGAAGAUACCCUACCCUACAAGAUGAUGUGCGAGGUGAUGCCCACCAUCAGCGAGUCAGACGGGCCAGGGGCCGGCGGCCGCGGCUCCGGCUCCCCUCUGCAGUCGGACUCAGAAGGCCACUUUGAGUCCCUGAUGGUGUCCAUGCUGGAGGAGAGGGACCGCCUGCUGGACACCCUGAGGGAGUCCCAAGAGAACCUGGGCCUGACGCAGGGCAGGCUGCACGAGGUCAGCCAUGAGAGGGACUCCCUGCAGAGACAGCUCAACACCGCGCUGCCACAGGAAUUUGCUGCACUGACUAAGGAGGUGAACGUUUGUCGAGAGCAUCUACUGGAGAAGGAGGAGGAGAUCGCUGAGCUGAAGGCUGAGAGGAACAACACAAGGCUGUUGCUGGAGCAUCUGGAGUGCCUGGUGUCCCGUCACGAGCGCAGUCUAAGGAUGACGGUGGUGAAGAGACAGGCCCAGUCUCCGGCCGGUGUCUCCAGCGAGGUGGAGGUCCUCAAAGCCCUCAAGUCCCUGUUCGAACACCACAAAGCCCUCGAUGAAAAGGUGCGGGAGCGACUACGCGUAGCCUUGGAAAGAUGUAGCGCCUUAGAAGAACAGCUCACUAUGUCCCACAAAGAGGUGGCAUACCUCAGGGAACAGAGCAUCCAAAAGAGAGGGCUUUUAGACGGAACCCACGAGCUCAACCACAACUCUGAAAAUGUAGCGAGCACUAACGGCAAGCGCUCUUCGGACGGCUCCCUGGGUCUCGAGGACGACUGCGGUUCAGGCGCCGGGCGGGUGGUGGAGCUGCAGGAGGUGGUGGAGCGACAGACCUCUGACCUGGGCCAGAUGAAGGAGCGCAUGGCGGCCAUGUCCUCACGCAUCAGCGAGCUGGAGGAGGACCUGGACACGGCCCGCAAGGACCUCAUCAAGUCUGAGGACAUGAACACACGGCUGCAGAGAGACCUGAGAGAGUCGAUGGCCCAGAAGGAGGACAUGGAAGAGAGGAUCACCACGCUGGAGAAGCGUUACCUCGCCGCCCAGAGAGAGGCCACGUCUGUUCACGACCUCAAUGACAAACUGGAGAAUGAGGUGGCCAACAAGGACUCCCUCUUCAGACAGAUGGAGGAGAGGAACCGACACGUCCAGGAGAAGCUGGAGCUGGCUGAGCAGAAGCUGCAGCAGACCAUCCGCAAGGCGGAGACGCUGCCCGAGGUGGAGGCGGAGCUGGCCCAGAGAGUGGCCGCCCUCACCAAGGCAGAGGAGCGCCAUGGCAACGUGGAGGAGAGGCUGAGGCAGAUGGAGGCCCAGUUGGAGGAGAAGCACCAGGAACUCAUCAGGGCACGGCAACGAGAGAAGAUGAACGAAGAGCACAACAAGCGUUUGUCUGAGACGGUGGAUAAGCUCCUGUCGGAAUCCAACGAGAGGCUGCAGCUCCACCUCAAGGAGAGGAUGUCUGCCCUGGAGGACAAGAACUCCUUGAUAAGGGAGCUGGACCACACCAAGAAGCUGAUCGAGGAGUCGCACCAUGAAAAGGAGCAGCUCCUGAUUGAGAUGGAGACGAUGAGGGCAGAGAGCGAGCAGGGCAGGAGCAGGAGUAACUCGUUGUUACAUGGACGAUCCCUCCUCUCAAGCACCCCAGACUUUAGGUACCCAGUGUCCGCCUCCUCCAUGAUUGACAGUAACUCUGACCACUACGGUGGCGCCCUGGUGCUAAGAAGACCCCAGAAGGGGCGGGUGGCGGCACUCCGAGAUGAGCCUUCUAAGCGACAUGUGCAGACUCUGAACGAGCAGGAGUGGGAGCGUGUGCAGCAGGCCAACGUGCUGGCCAACGUGGCCCAGGCCUUCGAGAGCGACAUGGAGGCCUCGGACCUAGAGGAGGACCGAGAGACCAUGUUCAGCUCUGUGGACCUGCUGUCCCCUGGGGGCCAGGCGGACGCCCAGACCCUGGCCCUGAUGCUGCAGGAGCAGCUGGACGCCAUCAACAACGAGAUCAGGAUGAUCCAGGAGGAGAAGGAGAACACCUCCCAGCGGGCGGAGGAGAUCGAGUGCCGGGUGGGGGGCGACGGCCUGGGGGGCCGCUUCCGCUCCAUGAGCUCCCUGCCCCCCUCCCACGGUGGGGGGUCCUCGGUCGGGGGGUCCCCGCCCGGCUCCGGACACUCCACCCCCCGCCGGGUCCCCCGCAGCCCCAACCGAGAGAUGGACCGCAUGGGGGUCAUGACCCUGCCUAGCGACCUGCGAAAGCACCGCAGGAAGUCGGCGCAGGACGACCACGCCCCGAUCCGCUGUGAGACCUCGCCCCCCACCACGCCGCGCUCCAUCAGCAGGGGGGCGCACACCGCCAGCCACGAGGACAUCAGGGACAUCCGCGGUCUGGCUGGCCUGCAGGAUGGACAGGGCAGUAACCCCAGCAGCAGCAACAGCAGUCAGGACUCCCUCAACAAAGCGGCCAAGAAGAAGAGCAUCAAGUCGUCCAUCGGCCGUCUGUUUGGGAAGAAGGAGAAGGGGAGGCCCGGCCCUCCUGGGAAAGACCCCCUGAGCCAAGCCGGCACCCCGGAGGCAGAGAGCGGGCCCAAGGACGGCCUGGGCCUGGGCACCCUGGGGGGCCCGGCGGAGAAGAACCGGAAGCUGCAGAAGAAUCCAAAGACAGGACAUGAGCUCCUGGAGGAGGCGCGUCGGCAGGGCCUCCCGUUCGCUCAGUGGGACGGGCCCACCGUGGUGGUCUGGCUGGAGCUGUGGGUGGGUAUGCCUGCCUGGUAUGUGGCGGCCUGCCGGGCCAACGUGAAGAGCGGCGCAAUCAUGUCGGCGCUGUCGGACACGGAGAUCCAGAGAGAGAUCGGGAUCAGCAACCCGCUGCACCGGCUGAAGCUCCGCCUCGCCAUCCAGGAGAUCAUGUCCCUGACCAGCCCCUCGGCCCCGCCCACCUCCAGAACGUCCACGGGGAACGUGUGGGUGACUCAUGAGGAGAUGGAGAGUUUGGCAGCCACGCCCCCUACGGAGGAUGACCAGGGCAGCUGGGCCCAGACGCUGGCCUACGGGGACAUGAACCACGAGUGGAUCGGUAACGAGUGGCUGCCCAGCCUGGGGCUGCCGCAGUACCGCUCCUACUUCAUGGAGUCCCUGGUGGACGCCCGCAUGCUGGACCACCUCACCAAGAAGGACCUGAGGGGGCAGCUCAAGAUGGUGGACAGCUUCCACAGAAACAGUUUCCAGUGUGGGGUGAUGUCUCUGAGGAGGCUGAACUACGACCGCAUGGAGCUGGAGAGGAGGAGGGAGGAGGCCCAGCUGGAGACCAGCGAGCCCUCCUGUGUAGACGUGCUGGUGUGGAGUAACGAGCGUGUGAUCAGCUGGGUGGCGGCCAUCGGUCUGAAGGAGUACAGCAGCAGCCUGUACGAGAACGGGGUCCACGGCGCCCUGCUGGCCCUGGACGAGGCCUUCGACCACAACACUCUGGCCCUGCUGCUGCAGAUCCCCACGCAGAACACACAGGCCAGAGCCAUCCUGGAGAGGGAGUACAACAGCCUCCUGGCCAUCGGCACCGAGAGGAGAAUGGAGGAGGAUGAUGAUAAGAACUUCCGCCGCGCUCCGUCAUGGAGGAAGAAGUUCCGGCCCAAAGACAUGCGGGGUGUUUCCCUGGGCGCGUCGGACACCCUGCCAGCCAACUUCCGAGUGAACAGUUCUGGUGCGGCGGUGUCGCCCUCCACCCAGCCAAAGAGGAGUACCAUGGACGGGAGCCAGUCUAUACAGAGGCUGGACACUGCCACAGUCAGGACCUACUCUUGUUAACAGACGGUAGCCACUGGUCAGAAGAGGAGAGUGAAUUUCCUGCCUUCAAAACCAGGAUGAUGAACUGAGACGACCUCCACGGACGAGACCUUGUGUUUUAACAAAUCCUCCACAUGAAUUUAGUCCUAUUUUCACCUUCUCUGGAUAUCCGUAAAGGACAUAUGCUAGAUGUAUCUAUGUUUUAUAUCCUAUUUAUCUUGGCAAGAGAGGGGGAGAAUAAUUGAUUUUAGAAGCCCCAUGUAAUCCUCUUUAUUUGACCCUUUAAUAAGCCUGGGCCCUUAUGUCUAUUUCAGGUGGAAAUUAAUAUUUCCACUGUCUGGGGUUUGUAGAUUUCUAUCAGACAUUUUAUCUAAUCUUUAUAUAUAUAUAUAUAUAUAUAUAUAUAUAUAUAUAUAUAUAUAUAUA